AUGUACACCGAAGUGAAGGAACUCGUCAACUUUCUGUGCCGCUACAUUCACGGACGCAUUCCGAGAAGACCCGUGAGUGUUUUGGGCCUAAAUUUGGUGUUUCAGGCUUUUUUUCAGGAACAGUAUCUGAAAAUUCGAAUUUUGUCUUUAGAUUGGAAUAUUCGGAGCCGAACUCGGCAACUACCUCGUUUCGCGGUACGCCUCCUGCCACUGGGACCCUGUUCAUCCCAAAAAUGGUAAUUUUAAAUGAUUUUGGUGCGGUAAAACCUAAUCGAACUGUUUUUCGGCGGUGCGCGUUUGAUUUUUGUUUUUGAAAGUGGACAAUUGCCUAUGUUUCGAUCGCAAGCUUCAAAAAUGAAGAUCUUACUUUAGAAAACGACUAUUCUACAGAAAAGUUUGAAAGCCAGUUCUAUUAGGUUGCACCGCCGAUUUUGGAAGCCGAUUUCCAAAUUUGCGAGAAAAAAGGCAAGAGAUUAUUAUUUUUAGGGGAAGAAACGCGAGUGGUGUGCAUCAACGCUCCGAAUGGCUCUUCUCCGUGCUUUGAGAGCAGCGCCAACGAGUCGGGACUCGACAUUCACGAGAUUCUUUCUCUUUUCCCACGUAAGCACUUUUACCGGCAAAAUUUGAGUGGUUUUGCGGAAAAAUUCGAAAAUUCUCAAUGGGGCGCAUUUGCAUCAUUUUUUGAAAAUCUCUUGUUUCCCCUGCUUUUGAGGUUUUCACAGCAAUUUCCCAUGAAUUUUAUGUCAAAAAUUAACAAAAAAAACGACUAUUUUAGCUGAAACACCAAAAAUGCCUUUGGAUCAUCGUUUUUUGCAGAGAACAUGUACUUGUACUGCAAUCCGGGAGAAGUGUUCGCUCGUCUCAACGGAAGCGGUAUUGCGAUGCCAAUAUGGAGUGGAAGUGUGAACGCCGAUGAGAAGUUGGUGCAGAUUUUUCGAAAAAUCGAUCCAUUUCCUAAUAAUUGCAUUUUUGCAGUUAUCAAGCGAUGCCGGAGCACAUUGUGAGCACCGCGUCGACCGUGGCUGCUCACAGCCUCAACUCGAAUCUCGGAGCCGCCGGGCAGUCCGUCUAUAUUGGAAAAAAACCGUUGCCCACCGAAAAUCUAGGUAAAAUUCUCGAUUUUUCCAGAAAUUUCGUCUUUAAAAUCAAUAUUUUCAGCGGUUCUCGAGCUGGUGAGCAUGAUUUUUGUUCCGUUGGGACGCGAGCUCAUCGAGCACGCAAACUGCGCGAUUCCGCACUUUCAGAUGGUAAGUCUUUGAAUUUAUUUAUCUUGACCAAUCGAUAAUUUUUGCAGAAAUACCCGUUCCGUUUUGUGUUCAAACCGACCUCGGCACAAACGUACACUGGCGCCGAGUUCUCCGUCACUCGUUUCGGAUCUUCCAAGUACGUUUUUGUUCAAUUUUUUUUUUUGCAAGUCUAGAAAAUAUAUAAAUCUUCAAAAAAAUCCCAAGACCCUAAAAAGUUCAAAUCAUUUGCAGACCGCGCCCGGAUCUGACCACAAUGCUGAGCAUCAAACAGCAGUCUUCCGGCUCGCAGGCCAUCUCGUCGGCGAGCUCGUCCACUCCGAGCCUCGAGCACGCUCAGUACACCUUUUAUUGAGAUUUUAACCCUGAAAAUGAUCUGUCCCAUUGAAAUCCUUGUUUAAUUGAAUUCUAAGAAUUUUAAAUAUCAUUCAAAAUGAGUUUUACCCCCAAUUUUCAUCGGUUUUAUCGAUGUAUCAGCUUUAAUGGCCUUCUUAAUUUAUGAAUUGCCUUUUUUUGUUUGAAAAUGCUUGUCUUACUUUUUUUAAAAACAUUUUUCGUCGGUUUACGUGUGGUCUCUCCCCGUUUUUUCCGCCGCCGUCGCACCUUUAUCAUCAUCCUCGGCGGCAACUGGCGAACGUCGCCUCGAUAGCUCAGUUGGGAGAGCGUUAGACUGAAGAUCUAAAGGUCACCAGUUCGAUCCUGGUUCGGGGCAACCACGUUCACAGGUGAAACGCGGUUGAUCAAUUAUACAAUUGAGCCAAUUGUAGACAAAUUAUCAACAAAUCGCGAACGGGAUGAGAAGCAGAUUGGCGCACAACACAGUGUAUAAUAAAGAAAUCGCGCUUGUUCGCGAUUGAUGUAUAAUUAGUGAAUUAUUGACAAGUUCGCGAACGAGGGUGCACAAUCGACAAAUCGGCGAACGGGCUGGCCACUCUGAGUUUCACUUUUGAAUUCAAAUAUUUGUGAUUUUUUCAUAUUUUCGUUGGUUUUUAUUGCAAUUUCGCAUGCUUUUAUGUAAUUAAACCAAAGUAGAGCAUACAGGUUUCGCAUUUCAAUUCGUUAUGGUUCAUUGCCACGACUAAUACUUCCAGAAACAGACAGCCGCAGGUGAGAAAAUGGUUUUUUGAUUCAAUUGCAUCAGAAAAAAGAUUUCAGAUAAUGCGAACGAAUUUAGAAAAAGAGAAUAACUGGAAGUUAUUAAUGCCGACCAAGAUUUAAAAAAGUGAUUCGAGUGUGCCGGGCGCAGAGCUCGAACAGUGUCAGACGGCCUAUUCCUCGCAAAAACGAACAACGUGGUCGUUGGACGGUGAGAUUCAGAAGGAUACAAAGAAAAUCAAUCAUUCAAUUUCAGUCAAUGUUCGACUUCGAAUAGUGUGUGGGAAGAAAAACGAUGACGUUUCGAAAAGGAAAGAAAAAGAUGAACGCAUUCAGCAUGAGGACGGAGUCGCAGAAGUAAUCGCCGACUGUUACGUGAUUUUCUACUUAAUUCUUUUUUUUUCGAUUUUUUCUUUCACUUCUUCUUUUGUCUCUAACAUUGCAUUCUGUUAUUUUGUUACUUUUUUCGUUUAAUAAAAUUAUCUCGUCUCAAGUGCGAUUUGUGAAAAAUUGGCUUGUUAUACAAUGGGCGAUUUGCGCAGGAUUUGUCAAUUAUACAAUGCCCGUUCGCGAUUUGUCAGUUAUUAAUCAACAAUUCGCUUCAUCGCGUGUACCUGGAGAAAAAAUCUGGGAUAAAUCGCGAACUAAUUCCACACUUUUCGCGAUUCACCUGUGUUUUGCAGUUGAAAAAGGGUUUUCAGUUAACAACUCUCUCAAAACAUACAUACUUUGUCCCUAUUGACACGCAAAGAGAUCAAUUUCAAAUGUUUGUUUGUGCCCUCCGAUCAUUUCCUUAUCAAAAUUAGCAUCAAAAAGCGACCAAUCCUUUUGUUUUCUUCCGAAAUUUGUCUUCCUUGUCAUUGGUGACGUUUCAGACCAACCGGCGUCCAGCGGGAGAUUAGGGAAUUGGUUAGAAUUGGGAAAUUUCGGUGAUAAUCAGAAGAAAUUAAUUUGAAACUGCAAUAAUCUAAAAUCGCGUAAAAAUCAUAUGUAAUCCUCAAAUAUUCAAUUUUUGUAUCGUAUCCCACUUCCAGUUGACCGAUCGGACCCAAAAAAAUGUUUGGACAUUACCCGCAAAAAACGCGCAGCUCUAACAAAGCCCAAACAUCUAUUAUCAACUUCUCAGUGUUCGCACAUGACUGCGCCGCUCGAGUCGAUGACGUCAUCACGUGAUGUCGUAAUUUCGUAGUGAAAAUGAUGAAAACGUGAGAAAAAAUGGCCACGUGAGAGUGACACAGAAAUAGAUGUAAACGGGAGGACAAUAAAAUCACGGUGUUCUUCUUUUCGCGUUUUACACUCAAAUUGACGUCAUUCUCUCGCAAUUCUCGAUCUUUUUCCGUCGUCCGAAUCUCGUGGUCUGCCACGUCAUCAAUAUGACGUCACUCCUGGGCAUAAAAAGCCUGUCAGUGGGUUUUAAAGAGUUUACAGUUUCAAAAAACUAAACAAUUCGUCGAGUAAACCUCUUUUCCUUUUCAUUCGUAUAUUUUCUAUAGCAGUAGAAGCCCUAAAUAACGGGGGGAGGUGUACUCGAAAUGAGGGGUGUUAGUGGUUGUUUAUGCUCUGCCGCUCCGCCAAAAUAAUUAUUAUUUACGCUCUCUCUCUCUCUUUCUCUCUUUGUGGCUUUCUUUUUCAGUUGAAUAUCAGUCGGUGCUAACACAUUUUGCGCGGAAACUUGGCCUAGGAUCCGACAGCGGUUUUCUAGGCCAAGUUUUUCAAAAAAAAAUCUCAUUGACCGAGAAACAGAGAGUUUUCUCAAUUUUUGUGCGUUCUCUGACCUUUCUCUCUCUCUCUCCCCCCUGCAACAGGUCAUUUUAAACUAGAAAACGUACCCAACAUCAAACUCGUGUUCUUCUUCUUCUUCUUCUUCUCUCUCUCUCUCUCUCUCUUUCGCGACCAUCUGAUUUCCGAAAAAUGACGAAAUCUCCAUUCGUCUAUCACAUUUCUUAUCAAUUGACAGAGAGAGAGAGAGAAGAAGGCGGGUGGGUCGGAAGGGAAGGGAAAAUGAUAUAAAAAUGGAACGAGACAAUAAAUGUACAUAUAUAUCCAUUUCUUUUUUUUCUCGCUUUUAAAGCUUUUCUGUUUCACUUUCCCUCAUUAAUGCCUCAUUGUUUCAGCUAAAAUGUCUGGAAAGCUGGAAAUAAUCUCGCUGGAAGAGUUCGACGAGCCGUUCGAAGAGAUUCUCAAGUCGGAGGCCGAGGAGGCCGAGAGAAACGCCGAAAAGUACUUUUCGAUGGACUCGUGGGAGACGGUCAGUUCGAUCGGAGUCAACGUCUCCUACUCGAACGCCUUCUGA